UUCAAAUCCGCAUUCCAAAUAAAGACUGAGAUAAAGUCUUGCUAAAUAAGCACAUCUCUAAUUGGUGUGGCCAAUUAUCUUCAAGUGUUUAAGAGCGGAACAAUGAAACUUGUUGUGUGUAUUUUUGCUGUGAUUCUAGGGUUUUGUCAGGCAGCCGUCACCCCUGCUCCUAAGGAAUGUAUAAGUGACGCGGACUGCACGGCUGACGAGUGCUGCUACAAGCAGCACGAGUUUCUCGUGGUCAGCAAGAAACGUCAGGUACCAGUACCUGAUCCUCCUAAAGAUCCAGCUCAUACCAAAGGUGUUUGUCAGAGCUAUAUCAAUGAAGGCGAACUAUGCGGCAUGUUCGAUAAAGCGAAUGGUUUCUGCAGUUGUAACGAUAGGAAGGGGCUGACGUGCCAGUUUUCUACCACAGACCCUACACAAAGUCCACUACGAAUCCCAGGUUUAGGAACAUACCGCUGUACCAAGGCACCAUUCGUUGUAUCCAAGAAAUAAAUCUAUAUAAAUGUAUUUUUAACGAACAUUAAAUAAAUUGUUGUGCAUA